AACCCUCUCGAGCCAUUAGACCAGAUAUACCCACAAGCAUCUACAGAAGAUGUAUCUUACAGCAUGCCGGAGUCCAAACUUCGCAGCGCUCUGCACAUACCUAAAGACUUCCUAUACGGCGGCCAAAAUGCAGCCCAGCCUAUCCUCCUAGUCGGCGGGACAGGAAACCCCGGCUACGUCACCUUCGCAGGGAACCUCAUCCCACUGCUCCAAAACCCACAAACCUCCUUCGGCGACCCCGUCUGGCUCAAUAUCCCCGAGUACUCGCUUGACGACGUGCAGACUAACGCUGAGUACGUCGCCUACGCGAUUUCCUACCUGUCGUCCAUCUGCAACAACCGGCGAAUCGCUGUGCUGGCAUUUUCACAGGGAAACCUUGAUGCGCAGUGGGCGUAUAAAUUCUGGCCCUCGAUACGAGAGCUCGUGUCUGAUCAUGUCGCCUUCUCGCCCGGGUAUCAUGGAACUGUACUUACGGAGUUCAUGGCUGUGGCGCCGCUGCCGCCUGCUUGGCGGCAGAGUACUUAUCAUAGCAAACUAGUCGCUGCCAUGCGGGCGGAUGGGGGUGAUUCGGCAUGGGUUCCUACUACAAUCAUCUAUUCCGGGACGGAUAAUAUUGUGCAGCCGCAGUCUGGCGAAGGGGCGUCGUCACCGUUGAUGGACAAUCAUGGGGCGGGGGUGAGUAAUGUCAAGAUACAGGAUGUGUGUCCGCGGAAGCCUGCGGGUGGGUUUUAUACGCAUGAGGGGGUUUUAAUGAAUCCAGUGGCGUAUGCGUUGGCGAAGGAUGCAUUGAUGCAUGACGGUCCGGGUAAGGUAGAGAGGUUGGAGUUGGAUGAGAUUUGCCGGCAUUUCAUGGCACCAGGGUUGGGGAUAGAAGAAUUUAUACUGACGGAGAACAAUGUGGUGUUCGCGGGGGCGACGACGUUGUUAUAUCAUGGGAAGUCGUGGAAUGAGCCUAACAUCAAAGCUUAUGCAGUCAGGAAACCUGAUGAAAUCCACGGGAAGAAGAAGCUGG